GAAAACAAAAAUAGGCAAUAGGCAUGGCGAAAUUUGAAGGGUUUGUGCGAUGGAAGUGAAGGUUGGGCAGAGAAAUGGAGUAGACCGUUCUCCUCUUCUCCCACAACCAAUUCUCCCUUCUCUUCUAACUCCUCACAGAAAUUGGGCCAACGCCAAAGCAUCCUUGAAGAAUCAAUUCAGAGCCAUUGCGCUGUUUAGAGAUAGAUAUCAAUUGCAAGAAAAGCUUCAGAGUUCUUUGAAUGGACUUUGUAAAUAUCAAAUGCAUUUCACGCUUGCCUGCCCCCGACUACCUCCUGCUAGAACCACUAGUUUGGUAGUUUUGGUUCCCCUCAUAGUAUUUUGUGCCAAAUGCAUAAUUGGUGCCUCUUAUGCUAGAGUUUUCGGAACGUCGAGGCUUAAACCCGUUAAGGAACCAGAGGGAGAAUGUCACAACUUCAGAAGCGGCCAUUGGAGGUCUGCUCUUCGAGAGAUAAGGGAAUUGAAUGGUUUGGAUUCUGAGUCCUCCAUAUAUUCUACUAGCCCUUCAGAAGAACAACAGAUCUCAGUUGAAGAUUUGUCACAUGCUUACAAAAAACUGGAUCAGGAUUACGACAAAUUUCUAUCAGAAUGUGGACUGAGUAAAUCGGGCUAUUGGCGAGGAGGUGCGCAGAGACCUGGACAGGAAUAGGCAAUCUUUGCAGCACUUUUCUGUGCUCCCUUGCCAUCCAAAAGGGGCUAGGCUAGGGAGUUCUUUGUAGCAACCAUUUUUCUGGUGUUGUAUUGUAGUGGAGUAAAAAUUUCAACCCAGUAAUGUAAUUAAACUUUAAAUUGGACAAAAUUUAUGCAUUCUGCAUCCAA